AUGGUGCGCCGCGCACAACCUGGACUGGUGUUGUGUUGCUUGUGUGCGACCAGCAUCUCUCCAAACCCGACCGGCAUGUGCGUCGAGUGCAUCAAAACGAGAGUGGAUAUUACCGAGGGGAUACAAAAGCAGUGUUCGGUGAUUCAUUGCAACCAGUGCGCGAGGUAUUUGCAACCACCGAAGCAUUGGAUACGGGCGGAUUUAGAGAGCAAAGAGUUGUUGACGUUUUGCAUCAAAAGAGUGAAAGGAUUGAAUAAAGUGAAGCUGGUGGACGCCGGGUUCGUGUGGACCGAGCCGCACUCGAAACGGUUAAAGACAAAGUUGACGGUACAAAAAGAGGUGCUCAAUGGCGCUAUUUUGCAGCAAAGUUUUGUGGUGGAAUACGUGGUGGAGUGGAACAUGUGCGACGCGUGCGCGAGAGCGGCGGCGAACGCGGAUCAGUGGCAAGCGUGCGUGCAAGUAAGACAGAAAGUGGAACAUAAGAGGACGUUUUUGUUCUUGGAACAGUUGAUUUUGAAACACUCGAUGGAGGUGAACGCGAUUGGGGUGAAAUCGCAACCGGACGGGUUGGAUUUUUAUUACGGGCACAGGAGUCACGGAUUGAAAAUGGUAGAUUUUAUCGGGUCGGUGUUACCUAUUCGGAGCAGGAACGAUAAGCAGUUAGUUUCGCACGACGCGAACGAUAACACGUAUAAUUAUAGGUUCACACUGAUGGUAGAAAUCGUACCGAUGUGUCGCGAGGAUUUAGUGUGCUUGCCACCAAAAACGAGCAAGAGUUUUGGAGGGAUCGGGCCGGUGGUUUUGUGCACGAGAGUCGGGAGCAGCAUGCAGUUCACGGAAACGCACACGUUGAGACGCGUUUGGUUGAAUAGCGAACAGUACUGGCGAUAUCCAUUCGUGGCCGUGGCAAAUUCCAAGCAGUUGUGCGAGUACAUCGUUUUAGAUUUAGAGAUUGUAAAUGGGAACGAGUGGGAACAAAACGGCGGCGACGACGGACUCGGGGAAAACCGGUCGCAAUUAUUCAACGGGUCUCAGUUCGGAGGCAACGCGAGCACGAUUGGUGGUAAACAACGAAGAGCGAAUAGGAAAAACUUGCUCGCCGACGUCACGGUGGCGAGAUCGAGGGAUUUCGGGACGAACGACAUCACUUUUUUCACUCGAACACAUUUAGGUUCGGUGUUGAAAGUUGGCGAUACCGCGUUGGGGUACGAUUUGACCAACGUGCAAAUCUCGGACGAGUCUUUCGAUUCAUACGUGGAAAAAGUAGGCGAGUCGAGGAUACCGGAUGUCGUUUUGGUCAAGAAGUCGUACGCCGAGAAGCGAAAGAAACGACGAGACCGAGGAUAUCGCAGAGCCUGGGAACUCAAAAGAAUGGACAUUAACGAAGAAGAGGAAACGAACAAGAAGGACGACGCGGAAAAGAGAAUGCAAGACGAGGAGUUGUUUAUGCAAGAGUUGGAGGAAGAUUUCGAAGGCCGCGCGCAAAUCAACGUGUACAAGAAGAAAAACGAGGAUUUAGACGCGGUUAUUCGAGCGAAUCAAAACGCGUUGGCGAACGAAACGGACGACGAGGACGACGACGAGAACGACGAGAUUCCCGAAAUCAAGUUGGAGGAGUUGUUGGACGAUAUGAAGUUGAGCGACGUGGAAGAAGAAGAAGAAGAAGAAGAAGAAGGGAUGGAAAUGGAGAUUCAUUAA